UAAAAGAAUCUUGGUCUUUUCUUUAUGUUAUGGUGGUUGAUGGAAAGGUUGCCCAUUUCAGAAGUAUCUUGGUCUUUUCUUUUUUCUGGUUGUUGAUGUUAGUUGAACUUUCUAAGGAUGCAUGGAUUUUGAGUAUUGUUAUGGUGUCUUUCUGGGAUUAGUGAAUGGUGGAUUGAUAACCUGCUCUUUUCUAUAAAAGGAAAUAAGGACAAAUGGGUCUCUUUCAAGUUUGGUGAAUGAUUUUGAUUUGGUUUUUGGAUCUAAACUUGGAUGUAUUGAUCUGGGAGAAGUCUGGAUGAAUUUGAGUUGGUCGGGUUAGACAUUGGUUAUAUAAUCGGAUUGAAAGCAUACAGUUUUGAAGUUGGAAAGCCUGCUGCAAUUCAUUGUGUUUGGUUGAAAUUUCAUAUAAUUGGUGAAGAGGACUUCAAUAUAUAUUUCAGAAUCAAUUUAGUGCUGGAGGUGAAUAUAUUAGGAUAUUAUAUAGAAUAAUGGAGCAAGCUGAUGAUCUACAAAUCAAUGGAGAGGGAGAGGAAAUGGAUAGAGAGCCGUCUCCAGAAGAUCCUCACAGAGAGCCUCAUCUCUACCGGAACCACUUUGGUGGCACAGUGAGGAGGAAAGCUUAUAUUUUUGAUGGGCAUGGGGACUUUUACAAUAAGGAAUGGGACCACUUUUACAAUAAGGAAUGGGACCUAACAGAGGGAAGAGGAAAUGAAUUUUGUUGGUAUCAUGUUGAGCUUCCAAAAGGACCUCAGAAACUUUCUCAAUCUGCACAACAACUCAUUCGUGUCCUUUGUCCGCCUUUGAAACUCCAGGAUAUUCUCUCGCUUGUCAGCAAUGGACCCUUUUGUGUGCAUGUUGAUGGGGCUCUUGUAUUCAGAGUCAACUCCCCAGGUCCUCCUGCCAGUAAGUUCACAUUCAGAAUUGCUGCAAGAAUUACUGAGCACUCGGUGAUUACUGUGUCUUUGGGCCGUGUACCCAGAUUGGGUUUCUCAUCAGUGGGCGAGUCUCUUCUCUCAGAGAUUCCUAGUGUGGAGAGUCCCACAAGUCUUAGAGGUGAGCAGAAGGAAAUGAGUGGGAUUGUGAUAGGGGAGCAUGUUCUUGAGUUCUUAUUGACAAUGAAUCAUUCUGAAGAGGCUGAUAAUCCCGUGCCUAAAUCCAUCUCCAAUCUUGUGGUUCAUAUUAUUGAUACGCAUGUUGAUCAUCUCCAGGAUGUUGUGACUAAACUUGAAAUAGAAUUGGAUUCUGUUGAGCUUGAGCUGGAUAAAGGUGGUUUUGCUUUGAAGAAACAAAUGCUAGAUGAUAGAAGAUUUCCUAAAAUGCAUCUAAAUUUGCAGCGUCUUUUGCAGGUGAUUGCUCAUGGGGAGCAAGUUUCUCGGGUCAAGGAAAAAUGUUCUACCAAACAAUGGUUUUCCAGUGAUGAUGUUAACGCUCUUGAAGAGCUAACUGGACGGUUGAGAAGGCUAAAGGAUAAUGUAGGGUUUAUAGCUAAUCGUGUCACAGCAAUACAGGCUGGUCUAGACAGCUGGCAAGCUGAGCAAAUAAACAAGAAACUUUAUUAUCUCUCUUUCCUUUCUAUUGUAUUCCUUCCUCUAUCCAUCAUUACUGGAGUGUUUGGCAUGAAUGUGGGUGGAGUUCCAUGGACUGGGCAGAAUGACUCAACCUUGAAGAAUGGUUUCCGUAAUGUGAUGUUAAUUUGCAUUGUUCUGCUACUUCUGGCUCUGCUCUGCUUCAGUUUUCCGGCUCUUUAUAGCCGAAUAGUUACUUGGCAAAGGAGAAGAGUUCUGAGAAGAAGUUGGUCCCUCAACAGGAAGUCAUUUCUCAGUAGGAGCCAUGGAAUUGGAGUUCAAGAAAGAAGGGGCUACCUUCGGCUUUGAGAAAAUUGACCACAUUUGUAGAUUAUUUUGUUGCUUCCACAUCUGGUUUCAUCUACUUUCUAAAUGACCUAUCAAGAUAUAUGUUGAGGGUUAUCAGUAUCAAUUACUCUGCUCCAAUCCUGUGAAUUUUGUGGGGAACUGGACAGAAAGUCAGCAACAGGAAAGAAGGUUGAGGUUUAUCAUUAGAGCAUGGUUUUUUGUACUUUGUUUUAAUGAUUUGUUUCAUUAGUUGAUUUAUCAUCACACUUUUUCUUUGUACUCACUUCUUGGUGAUCAUCUUGUAUUAUGUACAGUUUCUUGUAUCAUAUGAAUUUUGGAUACUGCUCUAGUGGUGGUUUAAGUUCCACCCUCUGGCUGUAUACUAUAUACUGUAUACGUUUCAAUGUCAAUCAUUACAUCAUGAUC